UUGUUGUGCAUUCAUGAAAGACCUGAGGGUUCUUAUUUUAGUAAAUUUUAAUUCUUUAUUUUAAUAGUGCGAUAAUUCAAGACAAAUUUAAAGUUUUACUUGUUCUUCAUGUGAAUGGACUUACAAUAGUGUACUGUGAAGUGCAUUACAUUAAAAUUCUUGUGAAAUUUCCAUUAAUAUUUUAAUCGAAAUGGCUACGGAUAUAUUAGCAAGUCCUGGAAGCGAGAUACGAGAAAAUUUGUAUUUUCAGGUAACAACAGCAGUGAAGUUUCUAUCCAAUCCGAAUGUACAACGAUGUACAUUAGAAAGCAAAGAGCGCUUUUUACGCAAUAAGGGCCUGACCGAGAGAGAGAUACAAAAGGCUGUAGAGAAAUGUGGGGAACUGUUAGAUGUACCGUCAAUUGCUUCUGACUUCGUGUUCUUUACCUCUUCAAGAAAAUCAUGGUUAAGAGAACGUAUUUUACCGAUUAUAGUGUAUGGAGGAUUCAUGUAUGGAUGUUACUGGUUUUAUAAGAACUGCCUGAAACAUUUAAUAUUCGUUGAAGAACCAAAGCGUAAAUCGACCGCGGAGUGUAUAGAGGAGCUACGUAAAUCUUUAGAUGUGUUGAACAGCAGCGUGACGUCACUGCGCAAUGAGGUGCAAUCUGCGGCACAGCAGAACGCGCUGCGCUUCCAACUCGACAACCUAAAGUCUGAUCUGGCAUCCGUUAAAGGGAUAUUGUUAAACAGAAAUCAAUUCCCCUCACUCAAAAGUCGCACAGAGCCGCCGUCUAUCCCGGCGUGGCAGCGGCAGUCAGAGGAGGCGACAGCCACAGAGGUAGUUGCAGAAGAGAAGAAGAAAACGCACCGCAGCCGCAGCCAGCGCUCCGAGAGUGGCGGCUCCAACUCCAGCGAGGGGGAGCACGCCACCAAGAAUAGUGACAGCAGCCUUGAGAUCAUUACAUGAAGAUCUACACCAUAGUUGAAACGUUUAAAUUAUUGCGAUAUUAAUGUGUGCGAUCUGUGAGCUUUUUGGCGGGAAAAUUGUGAGUGCAAUGACAGUGACGGAUGCAGAUUAUAAAAAACUAUGCUUUUUGUUAUCUUUUUUAAGUGAUUGUGUUAUAUAAAAUUAUUUUGUUUUAUUUUGAUGUUUUUUUUACAACUAACUUUAGCGCGUGCGGAAUUAGAAAAAUCUAAUAUCUAUGUUCGUUGGUAAUAAUGUACCUUUGUAAUGUUUCCAUUUUGAAAUCAGUAUAUCCAGUAGUUUGUGUUUAUAUAAAAAUAAAAAUCUUUCCUCUUUAAGAAUAGAUUAGGUAAGUUCGUAGUGUACAAUAUUAUUAAUUAAAGUACACAAUGUUAAAAUGAUUUUUUAGUAUAUCUAGAUUUUUUUCUUAACGACAUUUUAGUCAGUCGUUUGUUAAAUAUUUGGAAGUAUCUAGUUUACAAUUUUUGCCUGUUUAAAUAGAAUACAGCUUCAUUAUAUUGUUUAAGAAAACAUUUUGUUGUCGAUAUUUUAAGAAACUUAUAUUCAAGAUCUAUGAUUGUUUGAACUAAUUGGGGUUAUGUGAAAUUAUUUGAUAGGCAGUUAAUCAAAAUUAACAGGUAAUUUUUAGAUGAAUCCAAGCUUGCCAAUUAUACGCAUGUUUCUCCAUUUUGGAUUAAUUUGCCGUUGAGUGAAUUUUAUUUGCUAAUCUAUUUAGUUAAUACAAAAAUGUUUGGGCUAAGGAAAAUAAUUGUAGUUUGCAUGAAUUAUGUAGCAUUUCAUUGUUUGUGAAUGUUAAUAUAUUGUAAUUUGUAUUUAUAUUUUUUAUCUUAGUAAAACUGCUUAUUUUCUAUUAAGUAUGUAAACUUAGUAGAUAACUUGGUGACUUCCUAAACUUGCUCAUCUGUGACGUCAUUAGUGUAAGCAUUCCAAAGUAAUGUAAUAAAUAAUCUGGGUGAUAAUUAAACCAAUGAUAUCAAUUAA